UGUCUUCAGACGCGCGGCGAGCAGAGCCAAUGAGAGGCCGGGAAGGCGGAGCGCGGCCCGGGAUUGGCUGGCGGCAGGGAUUCAAACCGAAUCGCGGGGCGGUUAGGCUGGGCGGUUGGAGCCGGAGCUCGCGCCGCACCGGGCCGGGCCGGCGGCUGAGGAAGAUGGAGGCCGCCACGCUGAAUUUGCUGCGUAUGUUUGAUCAACUCGUGCGCCAGGCUGAAGUUUUAAGUGAAGGAAAUGAAUACCAAUUUAUUCAGCUAGCAAAGAACUUUGAUGAAUAUCGGAGAAGACUGCAGAAAACGGAGCACGAGCUUGGCAGGUACAAGGAUCUUCUGAUGAAAACCGAAGCUGAAUGUAGUGCUUUGGGUGUGAAGUUGAAACACGCUCGCAAUCAAGUGGAUGUGGAGAUCAAACGCAGGCAAAAAGCUGAAAUGGACUGUGAGAAGCUGGAGAGGCAAAUACAACUGAUUCGAGAGCUGCUCAUGUGUGAUGCAUCGGGGAGUAUUCAGCUAAGUGAAGAACAGAAGUCUGCCCUUGCCUUUCUUAACAGGCCACAGGUUUCUAUGGGAGGUUCAGGCAACAAAAGGCUGUCUACAAUUGAUGAAUCUGGCUCAAUUCUGUCAGACAUCAGCUUUGACAAGACCGAUGAUUCACUGGACUGGGAUUCCUCUGUGGUGAAAGCUGUCAGACUGAAAAGGAGAGAAAAGCGGCGAUCUUCUAGGCAGUACAUUGAAGGCCCACCAGGUCCUCAGAAGAAAAUACGAUCAAUUGGCUCCACUGCAGACCAGGGAAACGAAUCCAUAGUAGCAAAGACAACUGUUAUGGUCCCCAGUGAUGGUGGCCCAAUUGAAGCCAUCUCUACCAUCCAGACUGUGCCUUAUAGCUUGAGAAGUCAGAGGAAGAGUGGUCCUUUGCAGCCUUGGAACAGUGAUUCAAACUUGGGCAACAAGCAGCUGGAAUCCAAAUCGGAGAGUAAUGGCUCUUGCACCCCCCAAAACAAUGGGGGAGUGAGGCUGCAUGAAUUUGUUUCAAAAACGGUUAUCAAGCCGGAAUCGUGUGUUCCUUGUGGAAAGAGAAUAAAGUUUGGAAAAAUAUCUCUGAAGUGCAGAAGCUGCCGUGUGGUCGCUCAUCCAGAGUGUCGGGACCGCUGUCCCCUUCCCUGUAUCCCCACCUUGACUGGCACUCCUGUCCAAAUUGGGGAGGGGACCUUAAUGGACUAUGUCCCUUCUGCUCCUCCAAUGAUCCCUUCCAUCAUAGUGCACUGUGUUAAUGAGAUCGAGCAGCGAGGGCUACAUGAGAUGGGUCUUUACCGGAUAUCUGGCUGUGACAAGACAGUGAGAGAGCUGAAAGAGAAGUACCUGAGAUCAAAAAACAUUCCUUUGCUCAGUAAAGUGGAUGAUAUCCACGCUAUCUGCGGCCUUCUGAAAGACUUCCUACGCAGCUUGAAAGAACCCCUUCUCACGUUCCGGUUAAACAAGACUUUCAUGGAAGCUGCAGAAAUCUCGGAUGAGGACAACAGUAUUGCUGCUAUGUACCAGGCCGUUAGUGAACUUCCACAGGCCAACAGGGAAACCCUAGCGUUUCUCAUGCUUCACCUGCAGCGGGUGGCUCAGAGCCCAGACACUAAAAUGGAUGUUACCAACUUGGCCAAAAUCUUUGGCCCCACGAUAGUUGCUCAUGCGGUGCCUGAUCCUGAUGCCAUGACGUUACUGCAGGACACUAAGCGGCAGCCCAAGGUAGUGGAGCGGCUUCUGCUGCUGCCUGUGGAGUACUGGAGCCAGCUGAUGCUGGUGGAGCAAGAAAACAUUGACCCAGCACACAUAAUUGAGAACACCAAUGCCUUCUCCACUCCACAGACACCAGAUGUUAAAGUGAGCAUGCUUGGACCACUCACCACUCCGGAACAGCAGCUGUCCAAGACGCCGUCAUCUAGCUCCCUGUCCCAGAAGGUCCGGUCUACCUUCAGCAUAACCCCCAAAUUUGGGAGCAAAAGCAAGUCAACAAGCCAGCUGGGGCGUCAAGCCAACUUCUUUGCCUCUCCUAUGCUGAAGUGAAGUGGACCUGGGAGUGAAUGUCAUCCUAGGAUUUGCACACCAACACUUAUGAGUACAACAAACACAACUCCCCUCCUUGGCAGCUUGUGAAAUAAGAUAUUUUUCCUUUUACCUUUCAGCUUAACUAAGAAUUUUAAUGGGUUUUUUAUUGUGCAAUGUAUUUUAUUAUCUAAUGCUUUUAGUAUUGGUGAAGAAAGUAACUACAGGAUCUAUUCAAAGUAUUAAUUAACAAAGAAAUGGCUGAACUCGCUGACGCUUUCCAAUAGCAUCCUCUACCUGUGAUAAGUGAAACAGAAUUGUAAGCUGUAUUUUUGUUUUUCCCUAGCAUGUAGGCUGCUUUUCACGCAGGAGCGACCCAACCUCCUCCUCCCAUUGACUGAGCUGUGUCAGAAUCCAGUCUUUCAAACAGCACAGUCUGUAAUUCUUGGCUGCACUGUGGUGGUGCAGCCUGUAAUCCUGACGGUGGCGUUGUUGCAUUUGUCUCAUCAGGCAGAAGACACUUUAAUUAACUGCCACAGGGACUGUGACUUUUCCCAAAGAAACAUUCCCUGGUACUGUGUUUACAAGGGGAAAACUUUGUAGAGGAAAUCUUGUAGAGGACUGUAUUUAGAUACAAGGAUAUCGAUCCUGAAGGAUUCUUGGGUACUCAAAACUAAUUAAUAGUGAUGUUCAUACUGGUGAGGGGAUUGAGGGUCGUUUAAUAGCACCCUUGUUCUUGGGAGUCUCUGCUUUCUGAAAUUGGAUGUGACCUUGUGUACUGCUGCAUGGAAAAACUUUGGGAGAAUACAAAAGUUUAUCAACUGGCUGUUUUUUACUGAGCUCUGGAAAACUGUCCUAACCUGUGCAGCGAAGUAAAUCUUGAAUUUCUAUGUGA